AUGGAAGAGUAAAUGAAAGAUCAAAUGGUGUUGAAUAAAAAUAAACAAUAAAAUGAAGAAAAUAAGUUUAGUUAUAUUUCAAAAUCGAAAAAAAAAAAUAAAAAAAUAAUUGAGAAAUUAGAAAACAUUAAAAAGAAUGAAUUAAAAAAAAAAAACAUUGCUUAAUUUAAUGAAUAAAUAAUUGAGGGAGAUGAUUAUAGCGAAGUUAUUAAAAAUUAAGAAAAAUUGAAAAUUUUAAAAGAAAUAAUGAGUUCUGUUCCUGCAUAUUUAUUAAUGAGUUAAGCUCAAAAAAGAAAAUACUUUAAAAAUGUUAACAACUAAUUUUAUGAGAGUUUAUAAAAAGAACAAGGAUCACAGUGUUCUCAUAAAAAAAAUGUGCAUUUUAAUCUAGAGAGGAAUAGAAUCAAAAGUAUAUUAAAUAAUUAUUUUUAGCUUUUAAUAAGAGUGAUAAUGUGUUCGAAAUUUCAUAGUAAAUGAUUUGA